UUACAUUAACUUCUCUUUUAUAACUCUACAAAUCUUUUUUUCUUUCACCAGUUUCACAAUUCCGACUAUUUUUUAGAGUUUUCUCUAUUCGUAAAAAGGUAGAGAAAGAAACACAGAAGAAGGGGAAGGAAAAAGAAAAAACACAAAUGGAAGGGAAAGAGGAAGAAGCAAAGAGGAGGAUGAUGAUGAAGAUCAAACUUAAGGAGACAGAAGCAGACGUAAGCCAAGACGACAUUAAAAGACAAGAAGCUUACAACAUGUCUCCACGCGUACGUCGUGGUGGUGGUGGUGGCGGUGGCUCGGUAGGUAUGAGCAAGUCAUCGAGCGUGAGGCAAAACUGUUUAUGCGCACCAACUACACACCCUGGCUCCUUCAGGUGCCGUUACCACCGUCGUAACGCUGGACUCGGGAUGUCUCGUGGCACAUCCGUUCCCUCUAACCUUUCCAUGUUGGCUGGUGGAGACUCUAAUUCUCCCAAGUGAUGAUUAAUAUAUAUUAUGUGUUUCUUCUCAUCAAUUUAAAAUUCUCGUAUGUGUCUGUGUAUAUACAAAAAUGCAUAAGUCGAGAAAUCUCUGGAUAUUCACUUUGCUGUUUGCACAAAUGAAAUAAAUUCAAAUGAUCGUGAUUUUUGUUUGCAUCGGUUAAAAGUACAAAAUGCGCCAAGACCCGCCUAGACGAGAAUGCUAGAGAACAAAUCAUAAACCAUAUAGUUCAGCCGGCAAGGUUGGAUUUGUACAACGUCUAUGAGCACCUAGUCGGCGCUACUC